AUCUUAAAAUAGCGAGCAGGGAGGGGAGAGGAGCGGCGGAUCCUCCCAGCGCGGCGCAGGGUAACAAUGGUGCUGGCGGGGAGCAGCGGGCGCCCUGAUUGACAGCCCGAGCCUCCUAAAAAGGCCGCGGAGCGAUGGGAGAGAUGCUUAUCGGCGGCUUUAUAUAGCGGGGAGCCGGCGCCGCGCAGCGCGGCCGAGGCGGCGGGGACAGCGCGGACACAGCGCGGCCAGGCUCGGGGACAGGCUCGGCGAGCCGGGCGCCCAUGCGAGCCGGGCGCGGCUCUGGCCGCCCCGCAGGGGUCCCGCCAUGCACGGCCAGCCCCAGCAGCAGCCCGGCCCGCAGCCCCCGGCGCGGCUGCCCGCGCCCGGCCGGCCCAAGGCAGGCAGGAGGCGCUACAAGACCUUCAUGAUCGACGAGAUCCUCUCCAAGGAGACCUGCGACUACUUCGAGAAACUUUCCCUGUACUCCGUGUGCCCGUCGCUCCUGGUCCGGCCCAAGCCGCUGCACUCCUGCGCCGGCUCCCCCUCUCUCCGGGCGUAUCCCCUCAUCUCCGUCCUCACGCGGCAGCCGCCCGUGCUGCCCCAGCUGCUCCCAGCCGCCGGCAGCUCCCGGGUGCUGCCAGCCCAGCCCUGCGCGGGGGCCGUGGGCACAGAGGUUCCCCCCAGCGAGGCCCAGGGCAGCAGCGAGUCGGAGGCAGAGCAGCCCCCACCACGCUCGAAGAAGCCGCGCCGAAGUAGGACCAUCUUCACCGAGAUCCAGCUCAUGGGCCUGGAGAAGAAAUUCCAGAAGCAGAAGUACCUCUCCACCCCUGACAGGCUUGACUUAGCCCAGUCCUUGGGGCUGACUCAGCUCCAGGUGAAGACGUGGUACCAGAACCGUAGAAUGAAGUGGAAGAAAAUGGUGUUGAAGGGUGGACAGGAAGCUCCAACGAAGCCCAAAGGCCGUCCAAAGAAAAACUCCAUUCCCACCUCAGAGGAGAUUGAAGCAGAGGAGAAAAUGAACAGUCAGGCUCAGAGUCAGCUGCAGGAGGGAUGUCAAGCCUCUGAGGAGCCAAAACUAACAGAGGAGAACCCAGAAGAAGUCUUGUUGGAGACAGAGAAGUCUCCAGAACAUAUACCAGAGCCUUCCUCAGAGGAGACUACACCAUUAAGUUAAAAGGGAAAGAAAGGAGGGGAAGAGAAAAAAAAAUCACAGAGAAAAAUCAACCCCAAAUAUAUAUAUGUAUAUAUAUAUUUAAAUAUGUAUGUAGUGGUGUGUGUGUACAUAUAUAUAUAAAUAUAUAUAUAUAUAUAUGUAUGUAGACCUUGUGUAUAAGUCUAAAGAUUGGUCACGUUGUGCCUUUGCAAAUCAGCCAUCACGGGCCAGGUGGAACAAAGAUAUCCCGUGGGAGUGGUGCCAGCCUGUUCCCCUGGCAGGGGCCAGAGCUUUCCUGCAGAGAGGGCUGGGGCUGGGACAUUUCCAGGGAAAACCACACCAAGACAGCUCCUUGAGAAGCCUGGGGCUCUCCCAGGCAGUGGGAGGCAGGUGUGUGACUGUGUUGGAGGGUCAGUGUGUUCCCUUGGCUCUAUCCUUGCCUUGUGUGGUGCCAGUGGACAAAGAGCUUGGCCUGGGCUCAGAUCAGGGGUAGGCAAGGAAUGGGACCUCUGACAGCACCAUUUCCUCGUGUAACCAGCACUUAAUUCUGUUAGGUAUAUGGGCCUGACUUAAACGAUUUUAGGAAACGGUUCAGACCCCCAGGUUUGCUUUGGCCCAGUUAAGAUCAAGGCUUCCGAAGGGAGAUCUGUACCUGGGUCAGCUCCAAUUGCCUCUCCUUGGGUGGUUUGGGUGCUGUGUCUGUGAAUUUGCAGUGAUGUGGGGUAAAACUUGGAAUGAAAUGAGCAUUUGGAUAUAAGUCUGCUCCAAAAGCUUUUGGGUGCUUGGAUCGGGGACUUUUGCUUUGGGCCCACUUCUAAUUUUUGUAGGGAUUUUUUAAAUGAACUGUUAAAUGUUUUCAGGGUUUGGGGAAAAUGGUGGAUUUCCAAAGUUGCUGCAGGAAGAUGGCAUUUGUUUAAGAUGUGUGCCAAGAAAAGAUGUGCACCAUGUUUCAUAGAGUCUUGUUAAGAGUGCAUUUUGCCCAAAGGCUGCAAGAGAUGUAUUAAGAUAACCUUUAUUUUUUAAUUAAAAAUAAAAUAUAUAAAUCAAACA